GUAAUUUGAUCCAUAAAAAGUCAAGUUGGACAAUACUUUUGGGACAAAAUUUUUUGGCCAAAAUGGACAAUAAUUAUGAGACGGAGGGAGUAGUUAAUUUUAGUACGAUGUGGUAGAAUAGGCAGUAAUUACUUAUUGCCGUUAUUAAUUAAGUUCUUCCAACUACUUAACCAACUAUACUGAAUUACUUAGCAAUGGCAAGGGUAUCAUAAAAUUAUGAUUAUAUCCCUUUUCCGACUAAAUGCAUAUAUAAAAUAAAAGGCAAAAGAUUGAUGAUGUAACAUUUUCAUGUGUCUUUGGUAUUAACUUCUUGUCGGAAUGCAAAUUAAAUGAAUAGUCGCGAGAUAUAUAUAUUGGCAUCAUUUGAUCAUCGCCGCCUGAAGAAAAGUCAAUGUGUACAUAUAAAAGAGCGGUCAAAAUUUUAGUGAGCCACUGGUCAAAGAGAUAUUAUGAUAUAAUAUAUCUAGAUAAUUUAAGAUUAUUCGGUCAUUAUCCUAGGGAAGUUUCACAUGUCGGUAUUGUAAUUUCAAUCACAAAUGUUGAAAUCUCUUGAAUUCUUUGAAUAAAGCCAAGAGUGAAAUGAUCACACCACUACUAAUUAAAUGAAUAAUUUAUUAUUAUUAUUAUUAUUAUUAUUAUUAUUAUUAUUAUUAUUAUUAUUAUUAUUAUUAUUCCACCAGAUUAAAGAAAGCCCGGAUAAGGUAAUUUUGUUCUGUGACGUUCCACCACCCGAAGGCGGAGAAACACCGUUUGUGCCAAGUUUCCGGGUGACAGAAAGAAUGGUGGAAGAAUUCCCAGAAAUGGUAGAGGAAAUGGAGAGGAAAGGUCUGAAAUACACAUUCAAUGCUCCGAGUAAAAAUGAUACAUCUUCCAUGAGGGGUAGAGGUUGGGAAGAUGCUUUUGGAACAUCAGAUCGUGUUGAAGCCGAAAGAAGGGGUAAUCUUCUGGGGAUGGAUUUUGAAUGGCUUCCAAACGGAGGGUUGAAGACAAUAUUAGGUCCAAGACCUCUGACUAGGGUUUUCGAGGGAAGAAAAGGAAGACGGAUGUGGUUCAACACGAUAGUUGGAAUGCAUGGAAAAGAAGAUAGCUCCGCAAAAAUGGCCGAUGGGACUGAGAUUCCAGAAAAUGUGGUGAAGAGAUGCGAAGAGAUCAUAGAAGAAGAAAGCAUUCAGUUCAAGUGGGAAAAAGGAGAUGUACUUUUCUUGGAUAACUUGGCUUUGCUUCAUGGAAGGAGGCCUUCUCUUCCACCUAGAAAAAUCCUAGUUACCAUUUGCAAGUAGCUUAUUUAGUUAGUUUUUGUAUUUCUGGUUCACAUGAAUGAAAAGAUUCAUUAAUCUAAGGACCUAAGAUCCUUGAAUUAAUCGACACUAAAAUAUUUGCACGAGGUGCAGUCGUCCGUAACUCCGUAUUGCAACCAAAAGAAAGAGUGAAAGACACCAUUGCUUGUGCAAUGCGUCUGUUUUAUGAAACCCUAAUUUAUGAAGAGAUUAUAGAAGUUGAAAUUGUAUUAUAGUAGCUACCACUUGGAGAGAAGAGAGCAACAAUUGGAAUUGGCUUCCAAGUCUUCAGGAAAACGAUUUGAUCAUCUCAGAAUCUAGCAGAACAAUCAGAUACUCACUUCUAUCUCCACCCUUUAGUUUUAAAAGUAAAUUCUAUGAGCAUUUUUAGGAUCGAAAUUUGGAACUUGUAAAGUUCAGCCUCGUACUUUAUCCACUUUUAGUUGUGAAUCUCUCCGGU